AUGACGCAGUUGCAAUCGACCCUCAGCCAGGAGGACAUGGAUGAUAUCAUCUACGAGGCGAGAUCCGGAGAUUUGGAUUCUGUGAAAGAGAUUUUUGAAAAACACGUGGACCCAAAGACAUUACCUAGCAUUAAAGACGAGUUCACCCUUGCUACUCCAAUACAUAUGGCCGCUGCCAAUGGACAUCAUGAGGUCUGCAAGUACCUUCUUUCUUUGAUCCCUAAAGAGGAGGCUAAAACCCUCGUGAAUCAGCAAAACGAAUCAGGAAACACUGCUUUGCAUUGGGCAGCUUAUAAUGGACAUAUAGAAACUAUCAAACUGUUGUGCGACGUUGGAGCAGACCCUUUCUUACAGAACAAGUUUGGACAUGACGCCAUCUUUGAGGCAGAGAACAACAACAAGCCGGAAGCGGAGAAGUACUUUCUGGAGAAGUUUGAUGUUCACGAAUCUGACGGGGAAUCUGAGGAAAAAAUCCAGUACAAAGAGGGAACCGAAAUCGAAAAGGCUACAGAUGAGUCUCGGGAGGUCGAGAAGGUGCGUAAGGGCCUUGAAUCGAACCAGCUGUGA